GCGAACAAAGCAUAUUCUUUAGGUCAAGCCUCUAAUAACACACUCUCUCUCCUCUCUCAUUCUCUACAUUUUCGGUUUAGUCACGCAGAACCAGCAAGCACUCAUUCACACUGCAAUCGAAUAACGUUCUCUCUCUGUCUAAAUCUCUAUCUGCAUAAGUCACUGUUCAGAGGUCUUUAGUCGUCGACCGGAAAAAAUGCAUUCGAAUCACUUGCUUCUCGAAGAGCCUAUAAGGAUGGCCACUAUCCUCGAGCCAUCCAAAGCUAGUUUCUUCCCGGCAAUGACAAAGAUCGUGGGGACUUUGGGCCCCAGGUCUCGAUCCGUCGACGUUAUCUCCCGUUGCCUUAAAGCUGGAAUGUCUGUGGCUAGAUUGGACUUCUCGUGGGCGGGCCCAGAGUAUCACCAGGAAACUUUGGAGAAUUUGAAGGCGGCUAUUAAAAGCACCAAGAAGCUCUGUGCUGUUAUGCUAGACACCGUUGGUCCUGAGUUGCAGGUUGUUAAUAAAAAUGAGACAAUUAUUUCACUUAAGGCAGACGGUACUGUUAUUUUGACACCUGAUCAGCGCCAGGAAGCCUCUUCGGAAGUAUUGCCAAUCAACUUUACUGGACUAUCAAAGGCUGUGAAGAAGGGAGACACCAUUUUUAUUGGUCAAUACCUGUUCACAGGAAGUGAAACUACUUCUGUUUGGCUGGAGGUAGAUGAAGUAAAAGAUGAAGAUGUGGUCUGUGUGAUAAAGAACUCUGCAACCUUGGCUGGAUCAUUGUUCACUCUGCAUGCCUCUCAGAUUCAUAUUGACUUGCCUACCCUCUCGGAUAAAGAUAAGGAGGUUAUUCGUACAUGGGGUGUUCAAAAUAAAAUUGACUUCCUCUCCCUAUCCUAUACACGGCAUGCAGAAGAUGUUCGUGAGGCCCGCGAAUAUCUAUCUAAGCUCGGUGAUUUGAGUCAGACUCAAAUUUUUGCAAAAAUUGAAAAUGUAGAGGGUUUGACCCAUUUUGAUGAGAUCCUACAAGAAGCAGAUGGUAUCAUCCUUUCACGUGGAAAUCUUGGCAUCGAUCUCCCUCCUGAGAAGGUGUUCUUGUUUCAGAGGGCUGCUGUUUACAAGUGUAACAUGGCCGGAAAACCAGCAGUGGUAACUCGUGUUGUUGAUAGUAUGACUGACAAUUUGAGACCAACUCGUGCAGAAGCAACUGAUGUUGCCAAUGCUGUUUUGGAUGGCAGUGAUGCAAUUCUUCUUGGUGCUGAGACUUUGAGAGGGUUAUACCCUAUUGAGACUAUUUCUAUCGUGGGUAAAAUUUGUGCCGAGGCGGAAAAGGUUUUCAAUCAAGAUCUGUACUUCAAGAAGACUGUCAAAUAUGUUGGAGAACCAAUGUCACACUUGGAAGCCAUUGCUUCAUCUGCGGUACGGGCCGCCAUUAAAGUGAAGGCAUCUGUUAUUAUCUGCUUCACUUCAUCUGGAAGGGCUGCAAGAUUAAUUGCGAAGUAUAGGCCAACGAUGCCAGUUCUAUCAGUCGUCAUCCCCAGGCUUAAGUCAAAUCAAUUGCGAUGGAGCUUUAGUGGUGCAUUUGAGGCAAGGCAAUCACUUAUAGUCAGAGGUCUUUUCCCAUUGCUUGCUGAUCCUCGACAUUCUGCUAAGUCUCUUAACGCGACAAAUGAAUCAGUUCUGAAGGUUGCACUGGAUCAUGGAAAGGCUUCAGGAGUAAUAAAGUCGCAUGACAGGGUUGUGAUUUGCCAAAAAGUUGGGGAUUCAUCUGUGGUCAAGAUUAUUGAGCUUGAAGAUUAGAGUGCUUAUGUUUGCCUCAUUUUAAGCCAUUGCUUCCGCCUAAUAUUUGCAACUGGUGCUGGACUUCAUCAUGGUUUCAAAGACUAUCUUCAAAUUUUGUAUCUAACAUGAAUGUACACUAGGCAUUUCAUGUUCUGAUGGAAACUAUAUCUAUUUUGCCCACUCUUAGUAACAUAUUGAAGUCACCUACCGAAAUUGAUUUUGUAAUGUGUUUUAUGGUAUUCAAACAAGUAAACCCGGUUUGGGUUAAAUUGAGCUAUUGGAUUUUGUUUCUGAUGAACUGUGUAUUCACUUCUUGUUGAAG